AUGCCUGCCCCAAAAUUUGCUGGCAUGUCCGGCAAUAUUCUCAUGCGAGCCGUGACAAGCUGCGCUACUAUGGGAUUCCUUCUUUUUGGCUAUGAUCAGGGUGUGAUGAGCAGCAUCAUCGCUGCUGCUCCAUUCAAUGAUGUAUUCACAGCUACAAAGGACAAUUCCACGAUGCAAGGAACUGUGACGGCCAUUUACGAAAUAGGCUGCCUCUUAGGUGCCGUCUUUAUCCUUGGUGCCGGUGAUUGGCUUGGUAGACGGUGGUCAAUCCUUCUCGGUGCCACAAUUAUGAUCCUUGGAGUGAUUAUACAGGUUACUUCUUUUGCUGGUCAUGUUCCCCUGGCCCAGUUCAUUGUUGGGCGAGUUAUUACUGGUGUCGGCAAUGGGAUGAAUACAUCAACAAUCCCAACCUACCAAGCAGAGUGCUCUAGGACCUCGAACAGAGGUCUUCUUAUCUGUAUUGAGGGUGCCACCAUUGCUUUUGGGACUCUGAUCGCGUAUUGGAUUGACUUUGGCGCAUCCUAUGGCGCACCUGAUUUGACAUGGAGGUUUCCCAUUGCCUUUCAGAUUGUUUUUGGCCUCCUAAUUAUUGUUGGCAUGUCCAUCCUUCCUGAGUCACCACGUUGGCUCUUCACUCGAGAAAGAUACGAAGAAGGCGAGGCAGUUAUUGCAGCCCUUAUGGGUAAAGAAACAUCUCAUCAUGAUGUCCAGCUCCAGAAAACAAUUAUUCUUGACUCGAUUAGAGCGUCUGGUCAAGCAGGGAAAAACACGCCUCUGUCGGCAGUAUUUACAGGCGGAAAGACUCAACAUUUUCGUCGAAUGCUCUUAGGAUGCUCGUCCCAAUUUUUCCAACAGAUUGGUGGCUGCAAUGCAGUUAUAUAUUAUCUACCUGUCUUGUUUAAGAGCUCAAUCAACCAAACAGAAUUUAUGUCCAUGAUUCUCGGUGGUGUUAAUAUGAUUGUCUAUUCAAUCUUUGCCACUUUAUCUUGGUUUCUUAUUGAGAGAGUUGGUAGACGCAAGCUCUUCUGGUGGGGUACAAUUGGUCAAAUGCUAUCAAUGAUUAUUACCUUUGCUUGUCUAAUCCCAGAUACUUCUCAAGCAGCGAAGGGGGCUGCAUUUGGUCUAUUUACCUAUAUUGCUAGCUUUGGUGCUACCUGGCUACCUCUGCCAUGGUUGUAUCCUGCUGAGAUCUCUCCUAUUAAGACCAGGGCUAAAGCAAAUGCUAUUUCGACGUGUACUAACUGGCUAUUUAACUUUCUCAUUGUCAUGGUCACGCCGAUUAUGGUUGCCAAUAUUAAGUGGGGAACUUACCUGUUCUUUGCUUGUAUUAAUGCAUGCUUCUUACCGGUUAUUUAUUUCUUCUACCCGGAAACAGCUGGGCGCUCACUGGAAGAGAUUGAUCUGAUCUUUGCGAAGGGCUAUUUGGAGAACAUGAGCUACGUCCGUGCUGCCAAGGAAUUACCGAAUCUAUCAGAUGAGGAUGUUGAACGAGUUGCUAUCCAAUAUGGCUUUGGGUCAGCAGAUGCUGAUGCUAAGGGCGGUGAUAGCAGUGAUAUCACCGAGUUCAAUGCCCCGAAGCCUGAUGGCUAUACGGGAGAUCCUGAGAAAGCCGCGUUCAGCCAAUCGGGUUAG